UUGACCCACUUCUCUGCAUAGGUAGAGAGAGAGAAAAGAAGAAGAACUGGAGCAGCAGGCAUAUCAAUGAUGAUCAUAGCAUGGAGGUCAUCAUCACCCCUAUCUGAUCUUCUAUUUCUGAGGAAGUAUAUCUCAUCUUUCUUCCUAGGUUGGUUUUCAUGGUACCCUCAUGUUGCCUUCUUAAACCACAACACUCAGGAAAAACAGCUUCCACUUCCUCUCUAAUUUACCCUCUUCAUCAAUUUCCAACCACACCUUCACCAUCAACAUCACCACCACCUUCACCACCACUCUCAUCAAACAACCAUCUACCCUAAUCUCAUCUAUUCCACCUUACGUUUCUAACUAUCUCGGAGGGGCUCUAUUUCUUAGUUUUGUUCAAGCUUGAUGAAAGCGCAUCCCUUAUAAACGGAAAGUGUUGCUGGGGACAUAGAUUAUCAAGAAGUGGAAGUUUAAUUUCAUGAUGGCUCGACAAUUAUGUGAAGAGAAAUCCAAGGACAUGGGUUCGUCAACCGGGUUGUUCUACCCCGAUGUGUCAUCGAACAGCCCAACUCUCCAACCCCAUCUCAUGAACCACAUCCAAGGCUUUGUGACCGACCCAGAGAUGUUCAACCUCACCACUGGCAUGGAGAUGAUAGGGUUUUCCAAGAAUCUCAAUCCACACAGUGAAAGCAACGGGGUCAUGUGGAAAAGUUUCUUCGCCAAACCAAGUCAACACGCGGGUCCUUCCUCUUCCAAAACUAUGAACGAGUCUUCUUGCAAUUUUUAUAACCAGCAUGAGUAUAGUAAUAAGCAAGACUUCACAUCAGGGAUUUCUGAAACAAGUAGCGAGAAUUUAAUAGUCGGUGGCGCCCAUGAUUCUGCCCCGUGGCAAGAGAACAGGUUAAUGCUAGAUGAUUCUUCCUUAAGGUGCGUGUUCCCCUGUGAAGGUAACGAAAGGCCCAGUCAAGGCCUUUCACUCUCUCUCAGUUCAACCAACCCUUCAAGUAUUGGGUUGCAGUCUUUCGAGCUAAGACAAACAAACCAUCAUCAGCAUCUUUCUGAUUUUGUUUCAAGAGACGGGUAUUUUGGAAAAUCGGUCAAUGCUCAACAGCAGCAACAAAUGUUGCAAGACGGGUACGUGAGUCCUAACAAAGCUGCGAAUAUUUACCAGGGGCAUUUUCUGAUCAAGAACUCCAAGUUCUUGGUGCCUGCACAGCUCCUUCUGAACGAGUUUUGUAGUCUGGGAACAAAGGAAAAUGAUGUGCAAAAGCAGAAGCAGUCUCUGAAGAACAAGGCGUGGGAAGAGGGUAACAACGGUGGUGGUUCCUCAAAGAACCAUUCUCUUGGCUCUCUAGAGUUCGUGGAGUUGCAGAAGAGAAAGACAAGGCUGCUAUCGAUGCUGGAAGAGGUUGAUAGAAGAUACAAACAUUACUGUAACCAAAUGAAGGCUGUGGUCUCCUCCUUUGAAGCAGUGGCGGGUAACGGGGCAGCCACAGUUUACUCGGCUUUGGCUCUGAGAGCCAUGUCUCGCCAUUUUAGGUGUCUGAAAGAUGGAAUCAUGGAACAAAUUCAAGCCACCAGAAAAGCUAUGGGAGAGAAAGAUCCCGUUGCACCAGGCACGACAAGGGGCGAAACACCCAGGCUUAAAAUCAUUGACCAAUCACUCAGACAACAAAGGGCCUUUCAACAGAUUAGCAUGAUGGAAACCCAUCCCUGGAGACCUCAACGUGGCCUUCCCGAACGAUCCGUUUCGGUUCUUCGGGCUUGGCUUUUCGAGCACUUUCUUCAUCCGUACCCAAGUGAUGUCGAUAAACACAUCCUAGCCCGCCAAACCGGUCUCUCCAGAAGUCAGGUUUCGAAUUGGUUUAUCAACGCGAGGGUGAGGCUGUGGAAGCCGAUGGUGGAGGAGAUGUACUUGGAAGAAGAGAAGGAGCAGCAAAACGACGUAGCAUCGUCGGAGGGAGGAGGCACCGAGGGGGAUCAGAAGCCGACGCAGGCUCGGCUGCUCCGAAUUGACUCAGAGAUGUCGUCGAUGGUGAGCAACACGGAGCACAAAAACGACGGCAAGAGCGGGAAAAGCGUCGAAAACGAGAACGAAAUGAAUGAGAGGAACCAUCCGGCGGAGGCGUUCGGGUCGGUGGAGCUUGAGUUUUCGUCAUACGUGCAGCAGUCGUCCGGCGUGGUUGGUUACGAUGGUGAGAACGGUGGGGGCGUGUCGUUGACGCUAGGGUUACAGCAGCAGGGUGAAAGCGGGGUGAGUUUAGCGUUCCCGCCAGCGACUCAAAGCUCGAUGUUCUACCCACGGGACCAGAUAGAAGAGUGUCAAACAGUUGAGUACUCUCUUUUGGACGGCGAAGGACAAAACAUGCCGUAUAGGAAUCUCAUGGGGACACAAUUGCUCCAUGAUUUGGUAUGAUAUCAUUAAUCAUAUUAUAUACUCUUUAAUUCCAUCAUGGAGGAAGUGGAUUUAGAUGUCACGUAAGUAUAUAUAUAUAUAUAUGUCCUAGUUAAAGUAGAAGGAUUAGUUUUCAGUUUUAGUUAAUUAGCUUUUUCAUAUAUAUAUAGUACAUAGUUAAUUAUAUAUAUUAAUGGUUCCAUAAUAUAGAAUUUCAGCUACACUACACUUGUAGUUAGAUAAUGUAAACUUUUCAACAGGUAUUGAUCACGCGCAUGCCUCAUCUAUUUUGGAAUUUGAAUCUUCUAAUUAUUUA